GAAUUAAAGCUAAAAUAUGAAAAAACAUGAACAAGUUCUUUUUGAUGAAAUUGAUUAUGAUGAUAAAGAAGCUUUACAAGCAGCUAAGUUAUAUGCCGUUCGAGAAAGUUGGAUUCAGGCGAUGGAAUUACGACUAGUGAGAGAUAAACUUGAUAAAUGUUAUAAAAUAGAAGGAGUUAAUCAUUACGAAAACUGCAAAGAACUUUCAGAACGUUACUGGAACAUGUUAAGACAGGGUCAUAAAGUUAAAGGAUAUAUGUCAAAAGAACGAAUGAUUAAGGAUUAA